AUGACAUUUAUACCUGGCCAUCGCACUAUUCCGAGUCAAGCCUUGCAUUUAAAGCCUGUAACUAAGAAGCAGAAGAAAAUACAGCUGAGGCUACCAUCAAAGGACGGCAGACAGCCAUCAGAAGUUCGUAACCAGGAUUCUGAAAUACCCACACCAAGCGCGAUCAUAUCUUCCAUCAAUAGCCCGGAUAAGCUCGAGUUCAACCCUAUCGACGCUGAUAUUAUCGAUAUCUACCUCCCUGGGAAGGACGCUUGGGACGCUAUCAAACAAAGAGCUAUCACCAAUCAAUUGGACAAACUUGGUAUAGAGACCGCACCAACACCAACUGAACAAAAGUACUCAGAUAGUUUCGUAGACCCUCCAUCUAAGCACUCAAAGUCUUUGUCAUUCAAUUCCUCAGAAAGUAACUUGCUAGACUUUAAAAUGGACAAAUUCUUCAAUAAUUCACCUUUGAAUUUGGAGAUUAAACCACCUUCUAGGUUUGGUUCCCACCACUCUUCCUCUUUAUCUUUGAACAAUUUUAAUACAACAAACUUAUCACCAGGGCUGUCAAGCCCUUCUUCUUAUUUCCCAAAUUCACCAAGAUCACCUGGAAAUUACUUAAAUAUACCAGACUUUCAACAACUUAGUAGGAAAUCAUCCGAAGGUCCUUCCUCCCAUCAUCCUUCUUCUUUGGCUGAUGUUGAAGAGGAGCAGGAGGAAGAGGACGUCGAUAACCAUGUUAAGGUUGAGGAUGUAGAUAAUAAUGUGCCAGAGCAAGAUAUUCUAGGUACUCAAGAUGUUCAACCAGCAGAUCAGGAUGCCAAUACAUCAAUUAUACCAGAUGAAGCUCCUCAGUUACCACCACCCUCUUUCCAAGAAUUGAGCAGAGGCUUUGGUUAUGAGGUUGAAUCGGACGAGGAGCAAAUGCAAGACCAGGAGAACAACCACAAAAAGACGCUUUCUGGCUUUACAAUGAGGAGUUCAAAUCAAGUUGACGAAGAUCAGGUCGAUGAGGAUGCUCACGUCGAGCAUAUAGACGAUGAUGUUAAACAAACCGUAGAUGAUUCUCAAACCGAUCACAAUACGACAGAUACUGAAGAUCACGCCUUCAAUUAUGAAUUACAAAAGAAGGACAUAGAUGACCACGAUCAACAAGAAAAUACAAUCAAACCUGCAGCGGCUUUAAACAGUGCUUUGAAACCAACCGUUGCUGAAUUUAUACCAAGUAUUCCCUUCAAAGAUUCAACUAACGUUUACGAUUCCUCUUCAUUCAAAUUUGGUUUGAAGCAAUCACAAGAGCAAGAGGAACCAAUUGAGCCCGUACAGGCAAGCCAACCUAUGGAGAUACCUAAUAGCAACCCGUCCACCAAAAGAGAUAGAGCCCCUACAGUUGAAUCAGCGGACAACUGGUCUGGAUUCGAUGUCAACAGUGAUAACGGUGGUGAUUAUGAUGACAUGUUCUCAAAUCCGUCAGAAGAAGAUAGGGCUUUACAAAAUAGAUUCAACAAACGCAUGAUGUCAAAUAAUGCCUUCCAAUUUGGUGGGUUGUCCGGUUCAUCUCAAUUAAACAGGAAGAAGUCUUUAUCGGCUACUGCACCUGCGUUUGAGCCUGGUAAUUUCACCUUCAAGUCAGAAUUGAGUAUGCCUACUGCGGAUACAUUUGAAGUCAAAGAGAAUGAUACUCCAGCUAAGAGAGGAAGACUUAAUUCGGAUACAUCACCUAACCAAUCAAUUGGAUGGAUACAGCCAUUUGAAAUUAAGAGAGAACCAGUUAACGAAGAUGUCUAUGAGAUACAUCAAACUGAGGAAGCUCCUGAUUCUAGAAUAACUCUUCAAGAUGUAUACUACAAGCUGGAGCAGCUUUCAGUCAACUUAGGUGCUAGAAACGACCUAUCAAAAGAUGAUGUUGUAAGGCUCCUUGAAACUGACAGAGGAUUGAUUCUUGAAGGAUUAGAACGCCUCGAUGAAGCUACUCAGCAUACGUCAUCGAUGGAUAGGUUAUCACUUCUUGCAGACUUGUUAGCUGGAUUGAAACCUCAAAUUUCUUCUUUAAAACCCGAUGAAAAUGCCUUAGCUUUGAAGCUUAGCGAGGCUAUCACUCCAGGUAUUCAAACUUUGGUAGACUUGGCAUCAGAUAAAAAAGAAACAGCAGCUAUUAUUACUGAAGAGUUAGCUAGAUCUACAAUUUUCUCAUCAAUUAAAGAUCAAGUUAAGGAGAUGCUUGAUAGUCAUGCUGAAUUAUACAAAGAGCAUUCUAACAAUCUUUCUAAUACGCAAGCGGAGAUAUUCACUAAUGCCUCAUCUUUGCAAGCCAAAUUAGGUGACUUACCGGAUGGAAUAACUGAUGCUACAAAUGCCUUAUUAUCAGCAACUAACAAGUUGGACAAUUAUUCUAAUAUUCCAGCGGAGCUUACUAAACUACGUGAAUAUGUUAAUGAAAAUAGUGAACUUAGAAAUGAAAUAAGUAAAUCUCAAUCAAUGCAUGGAAGGCUCAGAUCAGAGAAGGAUAGAAUAAUUGAUAAACUCAAAGUUGUUGAAGAAGAGAGAGACUUUAGCAAGACAGAAGCCGACUUAUCCAGACAGGCAGCCCGUAAAGUGGAGUCAGAUUUGGUUAAAAUUGAGGCAACGAAUGGUAGUCUGAUUGAGAGUCUUAAUGGUAUGUCUAUCAAAGUUAGCCAAGCUGAGGAACAAGUGAGUGACCUCCUCGAGCAAAAGCAGGCUUGGUACGCUGCUGAUCGUGAUUAUCAAAUUCGCGUGAAGGAAUUAGAAAUGCAACUUGAGAUGCUGCGCAAGGAGCGCCAAAAUGACCUUAAAACAAUAACGGAGGAUAAGAAGAGAACCGAAGAGGUACAUAAAUCUAAUCAAGAGUUAUCUUCCAUGUUGCAUGAGUCGCGUGCUGAAGUUAGCAGAGUAUCUAGUGAAUUUGAACAACUUUCGAGGAAUUCGAUGCAAGUCAACCAAGAGCUGAUGACUCGCAAUCAGUCUUUAGAAAUAUCUCAAAUGGAAUUAGACAAGGCAUACCAGACUUCAAAUAUGGAGAAAUUGGUCUCAGAGCAAAGGUUGCAUGAGGUUGAAAUGGCAUAUGGAGAGUUGCAGAGCAAGACAGAACAAAUGGAAAGCAGGUCCAGCGAUGAUAAGGCCUUGCUGGAGGAAGCAACGAGCACUAUAGAAAGACUAUACCAGGAGAUGUCUACCAAACAGCGUGAUAUCGAAAGCUUGAAUGAGCAACUCGAGCAAGCACAAGAUGGCAGACGCACGCCGACGAACAACAAAUUCUCAGAGAAAUCCCUUAAUAACUACUCUAAUGGCGUGACUAAAUCUGCGCAUGCACCAAGUACACCAAUAUCGCCAGCUUACAGCUCCGCUUCGAAGUUCAGUGUGACUAGCACGGCAACCUACCAAGCGGAUGAUGGCUGGUUCUAUAACGCAUAAUUUAUCUCCUAAUUU